AUGACAGAAAAGGAGGUGCUGGAGUCUCCUAAGCCCUCCUCAGCAGAGACUCAGCAAAGUGGGCUCCAACGGCUGAAGCAGUUGUUCAGGAAGGGAUCUCCAGAGACAAAGGAAAUGGAGCUUCCCCCAGAGCCCCAGGCCAACGGGGAGGCAGUAGGAGCUGGGGGCGGGCCCAUCUACUACAUCUAUGAGGAGGAAGAGGAAGAAGAAGAGGAGGAGGAAGAACCACCUGCAGAACCUCCGAAGCUUGUAAAUGACAAGCCUCACAAAUUCAAGGAUCAUUUCUUCAAGAAACCAAAGUUCUGCGAUGUCUGUGCCCGGAUGAUUGUGCUCAACAACAAAUUUGGGCUUCGCUGUAAGAACUGCAAAACCAACAUCCAUGAGCAUUGCCAGUCCUACGUGGAGAUGCAGAGGUGCUUUGGCAAGAUCCCCCCUGGUUUCCACCGGGCAUAUAGCUCCCCACUCUACAGCAACCAGCAGUACGCUUGUGUCAAAGAUCUCUCUGCUGCUAAUCGCAAUGACCCUGUGUUUGAAACCCUGCGUACUGGGGUGAUCAUGGCAAACAAGGAACGGAAGAAGGGACAGGCAGAUAAGAAAAACCCUCUAGCAGCCAUGAUGGAAGAAGAACCAGAGUCUGCCAGACCAGAAGAAGGAAAACCUGAGGCUGGAAACCCUGAAGGAGAUAAGAAAGCUGAGAAGAAGUCACCUGAUGACAAAAACAAGCAGCCUGGUUUUCAGCAGUCCCACUACUUUGUGGCUCUCUACCGGUUCAAAGCCCUGGAGAAAGAUGAUCUGGAUUUCCCGCCUGGAGAGAAGAUCACAGUCAUUGAUGACUCUAACGAGGAGUGGUGGCGGGGGAAAAUCGGGGAGAAGGUCGGAUUUUUCCCUCCAAACUUCAUCAUUCGGGUCCGUGCUGGAGAGCGCGUUCACCGCGUAACGAGAUCCUUUGUGGGGAACCGCGAGAUAGGGCAGAUCACUCUCAAGAAGGACCAGAUCGUGGUACAGAAAGGAGAUGAAGCCGGUGGCUAUGUCAAGGUCUACACUGGCCGCAAGGUGGGGCUGUUCCCCACAGACUUUCUGGAGGAGAUUUAGGGGUGCAGCCACCUGCUGUGGAGAGAGAACCCUUUCCUCAUCCUGGGCGGGGCCCAGGAUGAAGAAAGGAGCAAAGGCAACUGAACUGAGGAGGGGAGUGGGAGUGAGAAGGCCC